UAGCACGCACUACAGUAGCGUAGCACGCACUACAGUAGCGUAGCACGCACUACAGUAGCGUAGCACGCACUACAGUAGCGUAGCACGCACUACAGUAGCGUAGCACGCACUACUCUAUUCCUCUUCACUAAUUAGUGGCUAUUUUUUCAGCUAACAAACGGUGCGCAAGCACCGACAAACUGAACAAUCACCAAUUGAAUAAUAGAGCAACAAAAUCAUUGAACAUCGAUAGCUGAGCAAUUAGGGGAGUGCGGAACAAGUACCAACAGACACACUAUUAAUAGUCAGCGAAAGAGACAGACACAGACAUUCACCCAAAUAAAAUGCCUCCUCCACCAACUUCAGUAGAACCUACUGAACCCGAAUCAUCAUCCACCAAUACAAAUUCUAAACGUCAUAAACCAGGCCCAACCGCAGGUAAAAAACCCAGUGCUGAAGUUUUACAACGUCGUAAAGAAGGUAGAAUAAAAGCAGCUGCUACAAUUGCUCAAAAUUUAAAGAAAACAGGGAUUGGAAGAUUUGAAGAAGAAAAUGGAUUUGGAUUAACUAGUGUACAAAGUAUACCAUUAAUUAAUCAAAAGAAUUAUUUUACAGAAUAUUUAAAAAGAGAUGAACAAGUUUCAUUUGUAAGAAAUUGGAGAGCUGAGAAAUUAUUACAACUGAAAAUAACUACUCUUAAGAAAGAUCAAGUUAGUAGUAAUUCAACUAAUGGAACUAAUGGUAAUGGUAAUGGAGAUACAAAGAAUUUUGAUGAUUUUGAUUUAAAUAAUAUUGAACUUGAAAUGAAUAGGAAAAAGCAAAAUGCCUCAGUUGUAGCUGAUGAUGAUGAAGAAGAGGAAGAUGAUGAAGAAGAAACUGAAGAAGUUGCCGAAGAAAAGGCUAAAAUUGGUCAUGAUGUAAUUGUAAUUCAUCCGGGAUCUUCAUAUAUUAGAAUUGGUCGAGCAACUGAUGCUGUACCAGAAACAAUUCCUACUGUAAUUGCUGUUCCCUUAACAAAUUCAGAAUUUAAUAAAGUUCAACAUGAAUCUAAACCACCAAGACCAAUUCGUCAAUAUCGAGAUUCAGAUACUAAUAAGGAAGAUCAAGAACCAUAUUUUGGAGAAGAAUUUGAUGAAGUUAAAGGAAUAGUUACUAAAGAUUUCCGAGCAAGAAUGAGAUAUUAUAAAAGAAGAAUUUUACCUAAUUCUCGAGAAACAGCCGCUAAUUUUAAUAAAAAGCAAGAAUCAGAGAGAAUUCCUGAUCAUAAUGAUCCAUAUAAGAAGGAAUGGAUUGAUUUAAAAUCACCAGAAUAUUCUAAUCGAAAAUAUUUUGUAGGAGAUGAAGCACUUAAAUUACCAAUAAAUUCUAAAAAGCAUAAUAUUGGAUGGAAAUUAAGAUAUCCUAUAGUUCGAGGUAAUUUUAAUGAAAAUUCAUUAGAUUAUAAUUCUCCUCAAGAAAUUUUAGGAGAUUUAGCCAAUAUUAUAAUUGAUUCACUUAAUAAAUUAGAUAUUAAAAAUUUAAUGAAUUUAAAAGUUAUGUUAAUAAUUCCUGAUUUAUAUGAUAAGAAAUAUGUUGAAACAUGGUGUGAAAUAUUAUUUAAAUUUGUUGGAUUUGGUAGAUUAGGAAUUAUUCAAGAAGCAGUGGCUGCUACAUUUGGAGCUGGAGCUACUACAGCAUGUGUUGUUGAUGUUGGAUCUCAAACUACUAAGAUUAGUUGUGUUGAUGAAGGAAUGAUUAUGAAUGAUUCAAGAAUUAUUUUAAAUUAUGGAGGUGAUCAAAUUACUGAAUGUUUUAUAAAAUUAUUAUUUGAAAGUUCUUUCCCUUAUAAAGAACUUGAUUUAAGUAGUAGAAUUGAUGAUUGGGAAUUAGCUAAUGAUUUAAAACAUAAUUUUGUAACUUUUCAAGAUGCUGAUAUUGCUGUACAAUUAUAUAAUUUUUAUAAACGGAAACCAUUUGAAACUACCGAAAAAUUUGAAUUUAAAGUAUUUGAUGAAGUUAUGUUAGCACCUUUAGGAUUAUUUUAUCCUCAAUUCUUUCAACCUCAAAUUGAAGAUAAUUUAACUUCAAUUCCAUCAUUUCAAUCAGUUUUACCUAAAAAUCAAAAUCGGAAAUUAUUUACUUUAUCUCAAGAUCAAUAUAAUGGUAAAUUAGAUAAUCCAACUUCAAGAUCUCAACAAAUUUUAAAAUCUAAUUUAUCUUAUGCUGAUUUAAGUGAUGAAGAAUUAUUAUUAAAAUUAUGUAAAGAAAAAUUAAGUAAUGAAGAUGCUACAAGUAAUAAUAGUAAUAGUCAUAAUGCUCAUUAUGAUUCAAAAGAUGUUGAUACUAAUGGUGCUAUAGUUCUUAAUGAUGUACCAUUAGAAAAGGCAAUCAUUGAAUCUAUAACUAAUGCUGGUUUAAUGACUGAUUUUAGUAAACUUAAACGUCUUUAUGAUAAUCUUUUAAUAGUAGGAGGAGGAUUUGGAAAGAUAAAUGGUUAUGAUUUAAUAUUAUCGGAUAGAAUUAAUAUUUGGAGACCAAAGAUUUUAAGUAAUUCUAAUUUAGAAACAAUUCUUGGAUUUGUUCAACAUGAAAUUACUAAGAAUGAAGAAGUAAAGAAAACUCUUAUAAAAGAAUUAAAGACUAUUAAACAAAAGGAGAUUCAUCGUCAACAACUUGAAGAAUUCGAGAAAGUUAAAGCAGAAUUUAAACUGAAGGGAGAAUCAGGUGAUUCAUCAAAGGAACCAGAAAGUGGUGAUUCACCAACUGUUAAUGUUAAUCCGGUUCUACUUCCACCAUCCGAACCUAAUUUAGAUGAUAUUGCAUUAAGUCAAGAAGAAAUGGCAAACAUUGAAGAACAAACAGCUCUUAAACUUGAUUUCGAUACUAUUGAUAACUUUUAUGAUCAAGGAACUUUACUUCCUGUAAAUGUUUUACCGCCACCAAGAGAAUUUGAUCCGGCAAUGUUAACUUGGAAAGGUGGAAGUGUUUAUGGACGUUUAAAAGUUGUUAAUGAAAUGUGGAUAACUACUCAAGAUUGGGAUUUAUUAGAAAGUAGAUGUUUGUAUUACAAGAGUUUAUUUAAUUAUUAGGAAUGCAAAUAAUGUAUAAUAAUAGUAGUAUAUAAUAGUAAUAGUCAUAUAUAUAACUUAAUAGUCAAGGGAUAUUUUACGACUGGUCUUGGGUCCUGACCC